UAGAUAUCGGUUGAAAGCCUCUGGCACUUCUAUAGAGUGUUCACUCACUUACGAUUUUGUGCUUAUAAAAUAUUGUAUGUAAAUAAUAACAGUGUAUUAAAAAAUUAAAUACAUGAAUUUUGUAUUUCUUAAUGAAAACAUUAAAACGUUUAAAUGGUAAUUUAUGGUGAGUGAAAUCACUGACUUCAACGUUUCUAUUAUUUGAAUAGCGAGUAUGAAAACAAACAGUCACAGUUUUUAUUGCUAACGUUUAUUGUUAAAAAUCAAUAUUAUUUUAUCAAUUAUGAAUGAUGACCCAAGAGAAGUACUUGUUCUUCUUAAUUCUUUGGGCUUUGUUGGAAUUACAGCACAACAACUUAAAGCAUUUAUGAAAGAUUUAAAGUUGUAUAGGAAAAUAAAAGAUCGUGAAAGACAGCAAAAAAGGGAAGAAAUUAAAAGAAAAAUAAUAGAUAAGCAAAAAAAUAUGAUUAAAGAAAUUCUUACAGAACAAAAGACAGAGUUUCAUUCAGUUGAAAAUACUAUAUCCACUAAUUCUUCUAAUUCUUAUUUUGAUGACACCAUUGUAAAGGUAAUAGUGACAAAGUUAUCAAGUGACAAAGAAAAUAAAAAUCCUACAAAUUUUGAAGAAAACUAUACAAAUGUAGGUCACAAAAUGAAUAUGAUACAGUCAAAAUCCAAACCCAUGAGAAAAGAAGAUCAUUACAAUGUUAAAUCUAUUGUUGUGCCAUGUAAUAAUAUAGAGGUAGAUAAUAAAUCUUGUUUAAAAAGUAGAAAUAAAUAUGAGGGGUGUUUGAAAAAAGAUUUCCAUAUAGAAACACAAAAUAAAACAAAAAUACAAGAUGAUAAAAUACAGAUUCAAGAAAAAUCAGCACCUUUGCAAUCAGUACGUCCUAUGAGCGCACCAAACAUUUUAGACCACCAGCAAGGAUAUAUUGGAAGCAGCCACACAAAAAGUACAUCAUCUACAAAAAAUACUCAUUCUGGAACAAAAUCAUUUAUUAGACCAUGGAGAUUGCAACCAGACAUCCAAAAAAGUAAAAAUGUUAAAAAGACUGAUCCAGUUUUACUUUAUCAAAAAUAUCAACAGGAAUGGAAACAAAUGUCUUUUCCUGGAGAAGCUAAACAUGCAAGCAUAAGGUGGGCCAUUCGUGAAAAAAUGUUAGGUGAAGAUCCUCAUCCAGCACCUCUUCCUAAAAAGUCAACUAGUAUGCCAACACUAAGAAAGAAGUGACCUUUAUUCAACUAGGGAUGAAAAUUUUAUUUUGAUAUAAAUUAGCUUAAAACUGAUAUUGAUAAUCACAUUGAAUUGUUAUAAGAAAUUAAUGACUGUUACAGAAAAUAAAUGCGAUUUGAUAAGAAGUAGA